AUGUAUAAGUACGUACUAGUAAUACUACUACUACUACUACCACAAGUACAUGUACAAGUACAAGUGCAUGCAUUAAGUACCCCCGUUUUGUUUAAAGGCGUGUACGAAAACCACUUUGAAAAUAUGCAUAACAUUUUAAGUAUAAACUAUUUGAAAUUAACUGAAGAAUUAAAAAAUCACAAUUUUAAUGAAACAAAAUUAAAUUUAAAAUGGAAUAAUUUAGGGAUUGAAAAAAAGAAUGAAAUUAUUGAUUAUAAUAUAAUAGAAAAUUUUUGUAAUGCUUUAAAAAAUAAUAAAAGUUUUAAAGGAAUAAUAGACAUAUCUAAUAAUAAUUUAAAUGAAAUAAAUUUAUAUAAUUUGAUUUGUAGUCUUAGUGAAAAUAAAAAUAUUAUAGGAUUAAAUGCUAAAGGAAAUAUAAUAACAAAAAUGAUAUUUAAAAAAUUAUUAUUAAUUAUAGAAAGUAAUAAUAUUGAAUAUUUGAAUAUACAAAAUACACAAUUAAACCAUCAAGAGAUUAAAAAUAUUAUUUUCUCUUCUUUAAAUAAUAAUAUAAAAAUAUUAAAAUUACAUUUUUUAACUUUACAAAAUUUUAUAUUUCUAAUUAAAUAUAUAAAAGAAAAUAAUAAUUUGCAAAAAAUCCAUUUUUAUCUUACAUAUAAUACUGAAAUUGUUAAUACACCAAAUAUAAAAAAUGAAAAUGCUGCUCAAGCCUAUCCGCUCUACAUACACAAUUUACGAAAGGCAUUCAAAGAAUUUUUAGAGGUUGUUGAAAAUAAAAUUAACAUAAUAAAUGUAAAAUGUAAAACUGAUAUUUAUGAUGUAGAAAUAAAAGAGAUGAUUGAUUAUGUUACUCAUAUUUGUAAUAAACAUGUAAAAAUACAAAAUAUUGAUAAACAAAAUUCAAAAAAAGAAAUGGAAAUAAAUUCGAUGGAAAAAGUACAACUCUUAUUAUCUGACAUUAAUGGCAAACAAAAGCAUAUUCAAAAAUUCGAGAAAGAACUCCCGAUUGUCUUUGACAAAGAUAUCAUAGCAUUUGUCGAAAAAAUGCUGCCAUAG